AUGAAUCGUGUCUGCCACUGUAAAAUGGUUAUAUUAGGACACACGGGUGUAGGCAAAUCUUGUCUAGCAGCUCGAUUCGCUAAGGGACACUAUCAAGAACAUGGUGAAACAACAAUCGGUGCUGCUUUUCUCACACAUACUCUACACAUCAAUGCUGAUACUAUACUCAAGAUUGAAUUAUGGGAUACAGCUGGUCAAGAAAGAUAUCAUUCUCUCGCUCCAAUGUAUUAUCGUGGUGCUCAAGCUGCACUCGUUGUAUAUGAUAUAAGCAAUAGUGAUUCUCUUCGACGAGCUAAACUGUGGGUGAAAGAAUUACGACAAGCCAAUGGUGAUGAUGUGGUUAUUGGUUUAGCAGGAAAUAAAGUAGAUUUAGCAACGGGAAACCAACGACAAGUAGCCAAACGUGAGGUAGCAGAAUAUGCUGAAGAAAAUGGUCUUACUUUUAUGGAGACAUCAGCGAGACUAGGUGAUAAUGUAAUGGAAAUAUUUAUGGAUGUUGCAAGGCAAGUGGUUGCAAAACAACCAGCAAGUGCAUUACAAAAACCGAGUGGUUCUUUUCCUGCGCCUAAAUUAAAACCAGAAGAAAGUGGUCCUUGUUGUGGUGGUGUCAGUAAAACGUAA